AAAAAAAAAAAAAAAACAGCGACGCGUCGCCGACGCGUCGCUGUUUUUGCCGCCCGUGCACCGACGAAGGCUGCCGCGCUGCCCCUCGUGCUGCUGUCCUUCCCCGUUUCUCGGGCUUUCUCCCCAGAAAGGCAGCAGCGGGGCGAGGCCGGCGCGCACUUACGCCUCCUGGGACGGCCGCUGGGGCGUGACGCCCGAAAGAGAAGAGGGGCAGGGAGGGAACAUGAAAAGAAAGAAGGCUCUGUGAGUUUUCAGGAUUUGGAUUGCGAUGUUGCCUCUUCCUUCUUAUUGGAUUUGUUCUCGGUUGGACUGCACUCCACACAGCACACUACACACUCCACUACACUACACAUACAAUGUAUGCUCGCCAGGUGUUUGCACAGAAGAUAGUGAAGGGCUCGGGCUCGAUGCUCAGAACGCUAGCCAGACGGCCAGCCGUUGGGGCCGCCAACGGCAACGGCGCCUUCGGCGCCGUCGGCAGCACACAGCUGCAGGUCUCGCAGACCCGGCUGUACCACCCGAAGGUGAUCGACCACUACCAGAACCCGAGAAACGUCGGGACGAUGGACAAGUCGCUGAAGGACGUGGGCACGGGGCUCGUGGGCGCCCCUGCGUGCGGAGACGUGAUGCGUCUGCAGAUCAAGGUGAACGACAAGACGGGUGUGAUCGAGGACGUGAAGUUCAAGACGUUCGGCUGCGGCUCGGCGAUCGCCAGCUCGAGCUACGCGACAGAGCUGGUGAAGGGCAUGACGCUGGACGAGGCCGCCAGCAUCAAGAACACCAUGAUUGCCAAGGAGUUGAGCUUGCCCCCAGUCAAGCUCCACUGCUCGAUGCUUGCCGAGGACGCCAUCAAGUCCGCCAUCAAGGACUACAGAGCCAAGAGAGGCAGAGUGACCCUCGGCCCCGACGCAGGCAACUGAUGGGCCCGCCGCCCCUCCCUACUACCACAUUCUCGUUACUCUCUAUAUAAUCUAUAUACAUAGGCUU